AUGGAAGGCACAUUUUUGCCUGGUUUUGGGGUUCUGGUGCCUCAUCCCCCCAGCAAACCUCCAGACCACAAGCCUCUCGCUGCAAGUCAGAGACACAAACUCCCUCCAAUGAGGAAAUGCUGUGUGAAUGAACAGAGGGGCCUCUACUCAGAUAUCAUCACCGCUUCAAGGUUCCAGUCUCGUACAGAGGGACCUGGAACCCGGCUGAAGUCACAGGGUCAAUCCAUUCGUGAGUUUAGUGGUUUCAACACAUCAAAAGUUUCUACCUUCAAGAUUCAAACAGACCAGCUUGCUCCAAAGGAUAACUAUGGACCCAUCUCAGAGCAAUUACUAACUUCUUACUUCUGCCAUGGUGGAGAUAAACCCAAGGUCCAGAUGCCCUACAAAACCAUUACUGGAAAGAUCCCUCGCAAGUUAGAGAUAGAGAGACGUCGACGGGAAUACUUGAAGCUUGACUUUUUACAGCUCAUGGAAGAAAAGGGCAUAGACUCUAAUCUGCUAAUGCCAAGACAUCGGGGCAGUCGUGAUGAGGAUGUGACCACACCAGACAAUCCUGUGUCACCCUACCUCCCACUGGAGAUAUUUGACAACGAGGAGUAUGACUGCCGUACUCCAGAGGACUGGCUCGCCCUGGGAAAUGGUGAUGCAGCUCCUGAUCGGAAACCUAUUCCUGCGAAAGCCCUGCUGCCUACAGAUGAUGAGAUACCAUCUGAGGAUCCUAAAACCCCCUCUCUACAGUACAGCUGGCAUUUAGUUGGCAUUCUUGACUAUAGUAAUGAGAAAUGCCAGUACCUGGUAGAGAAGGUUCACAUAUGCAGUGGACUGACAGAUGAUGAAGGAAAUCCUAUUCUUGACGAAGAACACAAAACGGAUAAACCUCCUGGAGGAAACACUCUGUUAAUAGGCAGUAAGUAUUGGGUACCCAGGAUCAGAUUGUUAUUCGCAGCUGAGGAUCCACGUGUCUUUGUCCAGCGGAUCCAGUUUGCUCUGCGCUGCAGGGAGAACACAGAGGCCCUUCUCCUCUACCACCUAACUGCAGACUGCAUGCCCAUCUGGAGGGGAACACCAUCUCUCAAUGCCCACAGUUUCCAGCAAAUGAAAAGCCGUACCCUUUCAGCCCCUGGCCUCAGAUUGAAAAUGCUGGAGAAGUGUAUAGGCAACCUGGAGAAGGAGGUAAAACUGGAAUAUGACCGAACUAUGAACCGCAUCAACCUGGACAAAGUAGUGAUGAGCCAUCGGGAGGAGUUUUUACAUGUCACUCUGCCACAGAAAGAUCCUGAGCAUGUGCCGCAAGAAGGUUGUAUUCCAGUUCCUCACUUUGACUUUGAGAAGAACAGGUCUGCAUUUGUCACCUGUUCCCUGCUAUCAAGGUCAGAAGUGAUCUGUAUAUUAUCUGAAAUAAGGUCUGAGUGCAACAAAGUAGCAGCCAUGAGACUCUUCAACAUCACGUCGAUCAAACCACUGCGACUGGAAGACUUUGAAGUCAUCCAGUCUCAAACGUAUACUCAGAUAAGCCUGUUUCUUCGGGAGCCAUGGAUGGUCACUCUGUGCAACAUCAUCCGUUCCAACGUAGGAACCCACAUGCGAGGCUUGUACAACGUCGAUGAGACUUCCUGGGAGAUGUACAAGAUAUCCAAGAUGUACAGGCUGAUGGCUAUGAUGCGCUACAAACUGCAGGACACCUUGCGCUUCCUUGUGCAGGACUCGCUGAUCAGCCUGACUCAGCUGCUGUUGGACGCCUGUCACAGUGUGCUGACUUGUCCUCAGGACCUGGUCUGGGGGAACGACCUCGUCAAUAGCCCCUACAAGCCAAAGAAGAACCCUGUGUUCCAGGUUGACUUGAUUCUGGAUCAGACUGGCGUUCAUUACAGCACUCCCCUGGAGAAUUUUGAGACAUCUAUCAUUAUGCUGUUCGAUAAGGGCAUUGUGGGCACAUACAAUGUACCAGAACUCUAUAAGUUUGUGAUGCAGAAAUUGUUCAUCGGCGAUGAUCCUAUGCUCGAGUCAGUGAAUUUGUGGGAGCCAGAAGUAACUGAGUUGAGAGAAAAUAUCCGCAUGGCUCUAAAUAAAGCUACCAUACCUCUAAAGGCUUACGCUGCUGAAUAUACCAAACACUUAGAGCUACACAAUUCGGACAUAGAAACUCUUCUCAGCUCUCACACACAGGCAGAACGGAAUUCCCAGGAACUUAAGAAAGAGGUGGAACAGCAUCUAAAGGAAAAGGAAAGUCUUGAACAGUCGUUGCCAUCCUCAAUUGUCCUUGGUCCAUUUAUUGUUCGUGUUGAGUCUGUACGUCAGGCUCUCACUAACAAGAGAAAGGCUUUGGCCAAUGCUUUGCUGGACCACUUUGCUCGGAAGCUGCGCAAGCAGGUUGAUGAUGCAUCUGAAGAGUGUAACAUCAUGAGCAGAAAGCUACGUGAGAAGCCCAACAACAUUGAGGAACUGACUGAAAAGAGGGAGUGGAUGAAACAAGUCCCAGAACAGCUAAAGAGUUACAAGGAACUUAUCGGCAAGACCCUGUCAGAAUAUGAUGUAAUAGACGAAUUCUGCUACUGUCUUUCAGACGAGGAUGUUAAUAAAAAGUGGACAGCUAUCGGGUAUCCUCAAAGGAUAACCAGCCAGAUAGAAGAAGUAGCCAUCCAGCAUGUGGAGGAUGAGGGGCGCUUCCACAAGAUCCAGUUAGUCGACCAGAACAACUUUGAGGAGCACCUCGACUCCCUACAGAUGUUGGUUGCUGGGUUUGCGAGUCAUGCAGACAUUAGUCAUGCCUCUGAGAUGGCCAAUGAGAUCAGGCGUACAAGCAAGCAGCUGAAGGAGUGUCAGACUAUGGCUCAAACCUACAACAUCAGAGAACGUCUGUUUGGUCUUCCUGUCACAAAUUAUGAUCGUCUGCAGAAGCUGAUAAAGGAUUUCCAGCCUUAUAAAGACCUAUGGUCCACCACUUAUGAUUGGCUCCGUUGGCAUGAGAGCUGGCUCAAUGACCCGCUGUCCUCAAUCGACCCUGAGCAGCUUGAGCACAAUGUCACAGAUGCCCUCAAGACCAUGCACAAAUGCAUCAAACAGUUCAAGGACAUUCCUGACUGCCAGAUGGUGGCAACUUUAAUCCGCAGCAAGAUUGAGGACUUCCGUCCGUACAUCCCUCUGAUUCAGGGCCUGAGGAACCCGGGGAUGAGGAACCGCCACUGGGAGAUACUUUCAGAACGCAUUCAGAUGAAAGUCAAACCCAAAGCCAACCUGACCUUCUCCCGCUGCCUGGAGCUUGGACUACAGAACCAUGUGGAUGAUAUAGCUCAUGUGGCUGAGGUGGCUGGGAAAGAGUACACCAUUGAACAGGCCCUGGAAAAGAUGGAACAAGAGUGGUCGACAGUAGUCUUUGAUGUGCUGCCCUACAAAGAAACAGGCACCUACAUCCUGAAAAGCCCAGAUGAAGCGUCCCAAUUGCUGGAUGACCACAUUGUCAUGACACAGAGCAUGUCAUUCUCACCAUUCAAGAAGGCAUUUGAGGAACGCAUCAACACCUGGGAGAGCAAGCUCAGAAUGACUCAAGAUGUGCUUGAGGAGUGGCUGACGUGCCAACGCUCCUGGCUCUACCUGGAGCCCAUCUUUAGCUCUGAUGAUAUCAACCAGCAACUGCCUGUGGAAGGAAAAAGAUACCAGCAAAUGGAGCAGACAUGGAAGAGAGUCAUGAAAAAUGCCUUUAAUAACCGAAAGGUGAUUGAGCUGUGUCCGGAUGCUCGUUUGCUGGACAAACUGAAAGAGUGCAAUGUGCUGUUGGAACAGGUCCAGAAGGGUCUUAGUGAGUACUUGGAGACAAAGCGAUCCUCCUUCCCCAGGUUUUACUUCCUGUCAGAUGAUGAGCUUUUGGAGAUUCUGUCCCAGACCAAAGAUCCCACUGCUGUACAACCACACUUGCGCAAAUGCUUCGAGAACAUUGCACGGCUUCAAUUCCAGUCAGAUCUACAAAUCACACAUAUGUACUCUGGAGAAGGGGAGGAGGUGAAUUUGUUCCUGCCAGUGUGGCCCACUGGCAACGUGGAGAACUGGCUCAGAGAUGUGGAGAAGUCUAUGAAGGCCACAUUGAGGGAUAAUAUUGACCGCUCACUCAAAGUCUACUCCGAGGUCUGCGAACGUUGAGUUUCAUAUUGAUGUUUUUCUUCUCUUGUGCAGCUUCAACCUCGUUCGGAGUGGGUGUUAUCGUGGCCUGGUCAAGUGGUGAUAGCUGGCUGUCAGGUCUUCUGGACUACUGAGGUGUCUGAAGCUUUGGAACAGCAAGACUUGGCCACCCGCCUUUAUCCCCAACUACGGACACAGCUUGGUGACUUGGUGCAGCUGGUGAGAGGUGGUCUAUCUCAGAUGCAGCGAGCUGUGCUGUCUGCUCUCAUUGUCAUAGAAGUCCAUGCUAAAGAAGUUGCAGCCAAACUGGUGGAGCAGGAAGUCUCAAGCGUCAAUGACUUUGAGUGGAUCAGCCAGCUCAGAUAUUACUGGGCAAAAGAUGACUUAUACGUCAGAGCAGUGAAUGCAGAGUUCUUGUAUGGAUACGAGUACCUUGGUAACUCUGGACGUCUGGUCAUCACCCCGCUCACUGACAGAUGCUACCUGACCCUGACAGGAGCUCUGCACCUGAAGUUUGGAGGAGCUCCAGCAGGUCCAGCUGGAACAGGAAAGACAGAAACGACUAAAGACCUGGGAAAGGCUCUGGCCAUUCAGACAGUGGUUUUCAACUGCUCUGAUCAGCUGGACUUCAUUGCGAUGGGCAAGUUUCUCAAAGGGUUGGCAAGCUCCGGUGCCUGGGCUUGCUUUGAUGAGUUUAACCGUAUUGACGUGGAGGUGCUGUCUGUGGUGGCACAACAGAUCACCACUAUACAAAAGGCCCAAAUGGAAAGGGCAGAGCGGUUUGUGUUUGAGGGGUCUGAGAUCUCUCUUGUCCCUUCUUGCGCUGUAUUCAUCACUAUGAAUCCUGGUUACGCUGGUCGCACAGAACUGCCUGACAAUCUCAAGGCCUUGUUUCGUCCAGUGGCAAUGAUGGUGCCUGACUAUGCUAUGAUAGCUGAGAUCUCUCUGUACUCAUUUGGCUUCAGUGAUGCAAAAGUUCUCUCCAAGAAGAUCACCACCACUUUCAAGCUCUCCUCUGAGCAGCUUAGCUCUCAGGAUCAUUAUGACUUUGGAAUGAGAGCUGUGAAAACUGUGAUCUCAGCUGCUGGAAACCUGAAGAGAGAAAAUCCUGACAUGAAUGAGGAGCUGAUCUGUCUGCGAGCCAUACAAGACGUCAAUGUGCCAAAGUUUUUACAGGAUGACUUGAAGCUCUUCCACGGUAUUGUGUCCGAUCUUUUCCCAAAGACAAAGCAGGAGCCAAUCAACUAUGGCAUCCUCGAAGAGUCCAUGCGUAAUGUCUGCAUCAAGAAGAACCUCAAAGAUGUGGAUGGCUAUAUUAAUAAGUUAAUUCAGCUGUAUGAGACUACUGUGGUGAGACAUGGCCUGAUGUUAGUGGGAAUCUCUGGAUCAGGUAAAACCAAGUGUUAUGAAAUACUAGGUGCAGCACUAACAGCUCUAAAGGGCCAGCCCUCCGUGAGUGGCGGUGUGUAUGAGACAGUUCAGACCUAUGUGCUCAACCCCAAGUCUAUCACCAUGGGACAGCUCUAUGGGGAGUAUGACUUGCUCACACACGAGUGGACAGAUGGUAUCCUCUCAUCUCUUAUCCGUGGAGGGACAACAGUUAUGGAUCAGGAGAAAAAGUGGUACAUGUUUGAUGGACCAGUAGAUGCUGUGUGGAUUGAGAACAUGAACACUGUGCUGGAUGACAACAAAAAAUUGUGCCUUAGCUCGGGAGAAAUCAUCAAGCUCACUGAUGUGAUGACCAUGAUGUUUGAGGUGCAGGACUUGGCUGUGGCAUCCCCAGCCACAGUUUCUCGCUGUGGUAUGGUCUACCUGGAGCCUAGUAUUCUGGGCCUCGUCUCCUUCACAGAGUGCUGGCUGAAGCAGGUCCUUGAAACUAUGAAGCCGUACACAGAGCAGCUCAACUCCCUGUUUGCCCGGUUCCUGCAGGACUCCAUCACAUUUGUGCGAACAUCAGUAAAGGAGGUCAUUACAUCACUUGACAGCAACCUUACCUGUAGUCUGCUCAAACUUAUGGACUGCUUCUUCAAUCCUUUCAGCCUUAAAGAGGGUGAGAAGCCACCACCGAAAAGGAAAUUGGACCGUCUGAAUGAGUUGAUUGAGCCCUGGUUCUUUUUCUCCCUGGUGUGGAGUGUAGGAGCCACAGGAGACGCAGCCAGCUGCAAGCGCUUCAGUUCCUGGCUCAAAAACAAGAUGACAGAGGAAAAGAUUCAGUUAUGUUUUCCAGAGGAGGGCCUGGUAUACGACUACAGGCUUGAUGACGCUGGCAUUAGUCACUUGGAGGAUGAAGACGAAGAUGACAAGGACAGAAAAGUCCAGUGGGUGAGCUGGAUGAAAGAUGCAAAGAGUGUUGUAAUCAACCCGGAGACAAAUUAUUCUGACAUCAUCAUUCCAACUGCUGACACAAUGAGAAUGUCAUUCCUGAUGGAUAUGCUUUUGACCAACAAGAAACCCGUGUUGUGUAUUGGGCCCACUGGCACAGGAAAGACCCUCACCAUGUCAGACAAGCUGCUCAGGAACAUGUCCACUGAAUACAUCACACACUUCCUCAUGUUCUCUGCCCGCACUUCCGCCAACCAGACUCAAGAUUACAUCGACAGUAAACUUGACAAAAGGCGAAAAGGUGUGUUUGGACCUCCAAUUGGGAAGUAUUUCAUCUUCUUUAUUGAUGAUCUAAACAUGCCCAUGUUGGAGACUUACGGUGCCCAGCCUCCUAUUGAGCUGCUGCGGCAGUGGAUGGACCAUGGUGGUUGGUAUGACAGGAAACAGAUAGGCACUUUCAAGCAUAUAGUGGACAUCAAUUUUUCUUGUGCCAUGGGACCCCCGGGUGGAGGUCGGAACCCGAUCACCCAGCGCUUCACACGUCACUUCAACUUUCUGUCUUUCACUGAAAUGGAGGACGCCAGCAAGAAAAAGAUUUUCUCUACAAUUCUAGGCAAUUGGAUGGAUGGAAAUAUGAGUAAAAAGGAACCAGGCAGACCUGUGCCAGCAAUCCAGCCGCUGAAUGAUCUUCUUGUAGACGCCACUAUUCGAGUCUACUCUACCAUUACCUCCCAGCUCCUCCCAACUCCAGCCAAGUCCCAUUACACCUUCAACCUCAGAGACCUGUCCAAGGUCUUCCAGGGCAUCCUCAUGGCUGAGGCUGGCAUGAUAGAGGAAAAAGUCCAGCUGCUGCAGCUGUGGUACCACGAAAGCUGCCGGAUUUUCCAGGACCGCCUGGUGUGUGCCGAGGACAGGGACUGGUUCAACAAGCUCCUGAAGGAAUGCAUUGAAGAGUUCGACUGCAGUUUUGAAGAGGUUGUACCCUACCAGCCGAUUUUGUAUGGAGAUUUCAUGAUUCCUGGAGCUGACAACAAAAUUUACACAUUCAUAGAAGACAAGGAAAAGUUGGCAAAAGUGAUGGAGGAAUACAUGGACGACUACAACCAGAUCAGCACAACCAAGAUGAAGCUGGUGCUAUUCAUGGAUGCCAUUGAGCAUGUGUGCCGUAUCAGCCGUAUCCUGCGCCAGCCUCUGGGCAAUGCCCUGCUUCUUGGAGUGGGUGGCAGCGGGCGCCAGUCACUCACUAAGCUGGCUUCAUAUAUGUCAGAAUAUGACUGUUUCCAGAUCGAGCUGGCUAAGAACUAUGGCCAAGCAGAGUGGAGGGAAGACAUUAAAAGCAUCAUGCUGAAGGCUGGUCUUCAGAACCAGCAGAUAACCUUCCUCUUCGUAGACACACAGAUUAAGAGUGAGUCAUUCUUGGAAGAUAUCAACAACAUUUUGAACUCUGGGGAUGUCCCCAACCUGUACGCGUCGGAUGAGCAGGAGCGCAUCCUGAUGGCCAUGAAGCCAGUGGUGCUGGACCUAGGCCAGCAGCCAACUAAACCCAAUCUUAUGGCUGCCUACAUUAGAAGAGUCCGCAGCAACAUCCACACUGUUCUCUGCAUGAGUCCUAUUGGUGAGGUAUUUCGAGCAAGGCUGAGGCAGUUUCCCUCACUGGUAACAUGUUGUACCAUAGACUGGUUCAGUGCCUGGCCAGAGGAAGCUCUGCAGGCUGUGGCUACAUCGUUUCUUAAUGAACUGCCUGAGCUAGAAGCCAGCCCCACUGCAAUGAAAGGACUGACAUUGAUGUGUAUGAAGAUUCACCAGAUGGUAGCCACGAAGUGUGAACAGUACCUGGCUGAGCUUUCUCGACACAACUAUGUCACACCCAAGAGCUACCUGGAACUGCUCAAAAUCUUUUCAAAUCUCACCGGACGCAAGAAGCAAGAAUUGUGCGGUGCUCGUCAGCGCAUGAAAACUGGUCUGGACAAGCUCCUGAGCACAGCAGAGGAUGUGAGUAAGAUGCUAGAGGAGCUGGAGACGAUGAGACCUCUUUUGGAGGAGGCUGCAAGGGACACUGAAGUUACAAUGGAGACCAUUAAAGUAGACACCGUAGUUGCGGAGGAGACACGGAAAUCAGUGCAGGCAGAGGAAGCCAAAGCUUCAGAGAAAGCCCGUUUUGCUGGGGCCAUCGCAACAGAUGCCCAGAGAGACCUAGAUGAGGCUCUGCCAGCCCUGGAUGCUGCUCUCACCAGCCUCAAGUCACUUAACAAGAAUGAUGUCACUGAGGUGCGGGCCAUGCAGCGACCUCCCCAUGGGGUGAGGCUGGUUAUUGAGGCGGUGUGCAUAAUGAAGGGCAUCAAACCCAAAAGGGUGCCUGGAGAGAAGCCUGGCACCAAGAUUGAUGACUACUGGGAACCUGGCAAGGGUCUGCUGCAAGACCCUGGCAAGUUUCUGGAUAGCCUCUUCAAAUAUGAUAAGGAAAACAUCCCGGAUAGUGUGAUCACUUUAGUCCAGCCGUACAUAGAUAAUGAGGAGUUCCAACCAGCCUCCAUUGCCAAGGUGUCCAAAGCUUGUACCUCCAUUUGCCAGUGGGUCCGAGCCAUGCACGUAUAUCACUUUGUGGCCAGGGCUGUGGAGCCUAAAAGGCAAGCUCUCCAAGAGGCCCAGGAGGACUUAGCAGUGACCCAGCGCAUCCUGGAUGAUGCCAAUGAAAAGCUGGCAGUGGUGGAGGGUGGCAUUGCCACAUUGCAGGCAAAGUACCAGGCCUGCGUGGCCAAGAAAGAUGAGCUGGACCAUAAGUAUCAACUGUGUGAAGCCCGUCUUGUCCGAGCAGACAAGCUUAUAGGUGGACUUGCUGACGAGAAGGUGCGCUGGAAAGAGACAGUGCAACAUCUGGAUUACAUGGUCAAUAAUGUGGCAGGUGACGUGCUACUAUCUGCAGGAUAUGUAGCAUAUCUCGGACCUUUCACUGGAGAGUACAGGGCAGCCAUGGCAGAGGAGUGGCUGCAUUGCUUCAAGGAGCUUAGUGUCCCACACACUGACGAACCCAACCUCAUCAGCACCCUAGGAGAUCCUGUAAAGAUCCGCUCCUGGCAGAUAUCAGGUCUGCCCAAGGAUAACCUUUCAGUGGAGAAUGGUGUGAUUGCCCAGUACUCUCUGCGAUGGGCUCUGUUCAUUGAUCCUCAGGGACAAGCCAACUCAUGGAUCAAAAACAUGGAGCGGGACAAUGCAGUGGAGGUGAUGAAGCUCAGUGACCGGGACUUCCUCCGUAGUCUUGAGAACGCCAUUCGCUUUGGUAAACCCUGCCUCCUGGAGAAUAUAGGAGAGGAACUAGACCCUGCGCUGGAACCUGUCUUGUUGCAACAGACAUUUAAGCAGCAAGGCAGCACAGUGCUAAAGCUAGGUGACUCAGUCAUCCCCUACCAUGAAGGUUUUAAGAUGUACAUCACCACCAAGCUGCCAAAUCCACAUUACUCUCCAGAGGUCUCUGCCAAUGUCACCCUCAUUAACUUCACCCUGUCACCCAGUGGUUUGGAAGAUCAGUUACUGGGCCAGGUGGUGGCUGAGGAACGUCCAGACUUGGAGGAUGCAAAGAACCAGCUGAUCAUCAGCAACGCCCAAAUGAAACAGGAGCUGAAAGCAAUUGAGGAUGAGAUCCUGUUUCGACUCAGCUCUACAGAGGGAAACCCAGUAGACAAUGAAGAGCUCAUCCAAGUGUUGGGGGCUUCCAAGAUCAAAGCUGGAGAGAUCCAGGCCAAAGUGAUUGCGGCAGAGAAGACAGAGAAGGAUAUUGACGCCACCCGUCUUGAGUAUGUGCCAGUGGCUGUGCGCACACAGAUACUCUUCUUCUGUGUAUCUGACCUGUCCAGUGUUGAUCCCAUGUACCAGUACUCUCUGGAGUGGUUCAUUGGCAUCUUCAUGGCUGGCAUUGCAAACUCGGAGAGAGCAGACACUGUGGAGGAGAGAAUCGUCAACAUCAAUGAAUUUUUCACCUUCAGCCUGUACAGCAAUGUGUGCCGCAGCUUGUUUGAGAAGCACAAACUCAUGUUUGCCUUUCUCCUUUGCACUCGCAUCAUGAUGAAUGAGAACAAAAUUGACAUGGCGGAGUGGCGCUACCUGUUAUCUGGAGGGAUGCCCAUCCAAGAACUUACCAACCCAGCAGGAAGCUGGCUGUCAGAGCGUGCAUGGCAGGACAUCCUGGGCCUCAGUGCUCUGGAAAACUUCAGCAACAUGGCAGAAAGUUUCACUGAACAUCUGCAGGGCUAUAAGAGGAUUUUUGACAGCAACCAGCCUCACGGGUAAAAAUUAGAUAACCACCAGGUUAACACAGGCUCUCUGUUCUUCAUUUGUACUGUGCAGAAGCUGUCAGUAUCUAACAAGCUGUGCAUGUAACUGGACUCCUUCCAAAAGCUGUUGGUGUUGCGCUGUCUGAGGGCUGACUGUCUCAUUCAAGGCCUGCAGGACUUUGUCUCAGCUCAGCUGGGACAGCGCUUUAUAGAACCUCAGGCAUCAGACCUGUCUGUGGUCUUCAAGGAGUCGACCCCCUCCACUUCCCUCAUCUUUGUCCUGUCCCCUGGCACUGACCCUGCUGCAGACCUCUACAAGUUUGCUGAUGUCAUGCAGUUCUCCAAGAAAAUGAGUGCCAUCUCUCUGGGCCAGGGCCAGGGCCCCUGGGCUGAAGCCAUGAUGCACAUCGCCAUGGAGAGAGGUCAGUGGGUCUUCUUCCAGAACUGUCACCUGGCGCCCAGCUGGAUGCCUUCACUGGAGAGACUCAUUGAAAACAUCGACCCAGUAAAGAUAGCACACCUCAAGUCUCUUCUCCUGUCUCUGUGUCUGUUCCAUGGAAUUGCACUGGAGCGGAGAAAGUUUGGGCCACUGGGUUUCAACAUUCCCUACGACUUCACCGAUGGAGACCUGAACAUCUGCAUCAGCCAACUCAAAAUGUUCCUGGACGAGUACCAGGACAUCCCAUACAAGGUGCUUAAGUACACCGCAGGUCAGAUUAAUUAUGGCGGCCGCGUGACGGAUGACUGGGACAGACGCUGUCUUCUCAGUGUGCUGGAGGAUUUCUACUGUCCCGCUGUGCUCACUGAUGAUCAUAUCUACUCCUCAUCUGGAGUCUACCGGCAGAUAGACACUAAUCUGGAUAUCAAGGGUUACUUGGCAUACAUCCGUGGUUUGCCCAUCAAUGAUACACCUGAGAUCUUUGGUCUCCAUGACAACGCUAACAUUAGCUUUGCCCAGAAUGAGACCUUCGCCCUGCUGGGAGUCGUGCUUCGUCUCCAGCCUCGUGCUGCAUCUGCUGGGGGCAAAAAUCUGGAGGAGAUAGUGGAGGAGAUAGUGGCAGGCAUCGUUGAAAAGAUCCCCCAGCCUUUCAGUCUCCAGGAGGUGAUGGAAAAGUACCCGGUCCUCUAUGAAGAGUCCAUGAACACAGUGCUCAUUCAGGAGGUCAUCAGAUAUAAUAACCUGCUGGCGGUCAUCUCUCAGAGUCUCAGUGAUAUUGUGAAGGCUCUGAAGGGUUUGGUGGUGAUGUCGUCUGAACUGGAGCUUAUGGCCAGCAGCCUGUUCAACAACAUGGCCUACCCCUCUCUGAAGCCUCUGGCCUCCUGGGUGUCCGACCUGCUUCAGAGGAUCAAUUUCCUGCAGAGGUGGAUCUCUAAUGGCAUUCCACCUGUCUUCUGGAUAAGUGGCUUCUUUUUCCCUCAAGCUUUUCUCACAGGAUCCCUCCAGAAUUAUGCGCGUCGCUCCGGCUCCUCCAUCGACACGAUUGGAUUUGACUUUGAGGUAAUGGUGAAGUCAUUGUCAGAGAUAACUGACAAGCCAAACAUGGGCUGCUACAUUCACGGUCUAUUCCUGGAGGGGGCUCGCUGGGAUAAUGAGGCAAUGCAACUCAUAGAGUCCAGGUCCAAGGAGCUCUACACUGAAAUGGCCGUCAUCUGGCUGAUCCCCAAACCCGAGCGCAAACCCCCAACCUCUGGUGUCUACAUCUGCCCCAUCUACAAGACCCUCACACGUGCUGGGACGCUGUCCACAACUGGUCAUUCUACCAACUACGUGAUCGCAGUGGAGUUGCCAACAGACCGCUGUCAGGGACACUGGAUCAAACAGGCAGUCGCUCUCAUUUGUGCACUAGACUACUGAACUGUCCAUUUAGUCGCUGUAAUAAACUGUUUUGUACAACAA